AUGACGUAUAAGGAUGCCCUCUACGCUAAUCAGGGCCAUCUAGGCCUUGGAACUGUGAAAGCUGGGAGAGUCCUCAAGCCUCCGAAGCAGAACCAAAUCAAAACUUUGGUUAUCAAACCGAAUGACCUCCCACACGAAGAAGAACGCAGGAAGGAGUCACUCGCGCAGCUCAAGGACAGCAUCGACAGAAAGCUAUGUAAUUUAAGGAUAGACAGGAUUGUCAGACGCAGGGACGAUAUCAUUGUGAGAGCUCCCCUGAAUCAAGUGGACAUGACGACAGUUCUCGGGGAGUUGGGCAGUAUCGACGGCAAUGCCGUCACGGCAUACAGGCGAGACCACAAAGUAGACUAUCUCCCGAGGUUCUGA